AUGGGCAUGUUAGAUAUCGGCUGGACGCCUUCCACAUCUACAAAAUCACAAAUGGUAGAUGUGAUCCAAGAAGGGAAUACUCAAGAGAAUGGAAUAAUGCAAGCGAACGAACAGGUACCGAUGGAACAGACACGGGAAAGACGAGCGACGCAGUUGGAUCAUUAUGCUCUUUUUAAACUUGAUGCUCCGGAGAAGAAAAUUGAACAGGAGAAGGAAAGUGGUAUGGAGGAGGUUAGUAUUGAUGAGGCUGAUUAUCUGGAGAAUGAAGAUGAUGAUGAUGAUACUCCGGAGAGUAAAGAUGUUGCGGAGGAGAGGUUUUUGUUGAGGUUUACGAAUGGACAUAGGUUUGCUUGGAUGCCGUGGACGGGGAUUUGGGUUACUUUGAUGACGGGGACUGAGAAGGCGAUGAUUGAGAUGGAUAAUUUGGAGGAGCCGGUAUUUAUUCAAGAUAAAAAUAAGAAUAUCCGUAUCGAGGGUGCGGAAAGUUGGGAUAACUUCGUCUGCAGAGACCCUCUCUCAGACGAAUCAGGAGCCGAAACCCAAUCCGAAUCGCAAGGAGGACCCCCACCUCCAGUCUGGUGGCAAUUAACCAGUCUCCAACGUACCGUAUGGAAAAGCAUGAAAGUAGCUCGCCUCAGCAGCCCUCCCAUAGCAUGUAUCCCCAUCUUAAUCUCCCUCCAACCCACAAACGCACUACCACCACAAACCAACGGUCUCACCGCAGCAGCAACAGAUAUCAUCCAGCACGAAGUAGUAAAUAUAGAAGAAGACGAAGAAGCAGCAUCCGAUUACACCUUCGGACAGCAAUUCGAUGGAUUAUCCGCCGGUGAUUAUAUCAGCGAAGCACCGUUCCAGUUCGUUAUCGAAGAGUCAGAACCAUUGGCUUCCGAGGGAUUACUCGGUGCACAAUCUAAUUUCUACUCUCACGGUGGUACUGCUGCGGCGUUACUUGACAUCGAGGAUGAUAGCGGAUCCGAUGAUCGUGAUUUAGAUUAUUAUUCUUAUGCUCCAUACCAACCGAGUGAUGCUUCCAAAAGACACUCAGAGCAAGUCGAUAACAGCCAGUCCGGGGAAACAAUGCCACUACUGGAGUUUCCGGAAUCACCAGCCCAAGGGGUGUUAAACCGGGCGAAUAGUAUGGCUGCUUUGGAUCUAGGACAACAAGGGUUAUCGCAGACUCUUCCAAUGUUGGCGGGCCGGUAUUACAGUACCGGAGACCUUGGAAACAAGCCGAACGGUGGACUGCUGCAAGCUUUGGCAAGUAAGAGUGAGGAGAUGUUGGAAGCCGCCCCGAUCGGGGCUCCCAUGAAGUUGAUGCCUACGAAGAGCGAUGAUAUUCCGAGAGACUAA